AUGUCCAUGACUAGAUUGAUUAUAGGUGGAAUUCUCGCCAUUCCUUGUCUCUUGGUGACAGUCUGCGUCGCUCCUUUGUUGGCCCUCUUGGCCAUUCCUCCCUUGUUGGUCUUGUUGCUUCGCAAGGCACCGUCUGGUUUGUCCUCCAAACAUCCGCCCGAUCAAGUCAUCAUUGCGGGUGGAUCGUCAGGAAUUGGAUUGUGUCUGGCCAAGGAGUGCGUUCAAAGAGGGGUGCCAAAGAUUACCAUACUGGCGAGAGAUCCCACCAAACUGCAAGCGGCCAAACAAGAAUUGGAAGCACUCAAGAAGAAGAAGAAGAAAGCAAAUGCUACUACCACCAAAAUUCAAACCAUUUCCGUUUCCGUCAGUGAUUUGGAACCAUUGAAACAAGCGGCGGCAAUUUGUUUUGAGGAAAGCAGCAGUAAUUGUAGUAGUGGUGGUGGUAGUAGUGGUAGCAAUCAGAACUCGCCAGCAAGCACAUCACCACGAGUCGCCCUGUUCAAUUGUGCGGGAAUUCCCUACACGACAGAAUUUCACAAGAUUCCUGCCGACGAAUUCCUCAAACUGGUACAAACCAAUCAAUUGGGCAGCAUGUACCUCGUCCAAGCCUUUUUGCCCUAUCUGGACAAGGGUGUCAUUUGUUUGACCUCCAGCGUGGCAGGUCAAGCGGGAGUCUAUGGAUAUUCCGCCUAUACACCCACCAAAGCGGCCAUUGUGGGAUUUGCCAAUUGUUUGGUGCACGAAUUAUUGACGACCAAACCAAAUUUGCAUGUCCAGGUGGCCUUUCCAGCAGAUACCCAAACACCAGGUUAUCAAGAGGAAAUUAAAAUGAUGCCAGCCAUUACCAAGGCAUUGAACGAAACUUCGGGGUUGGCCAAUCCACUAGAGACUGCCAAGGCCAUGGCCGAUGCUGCCUUUCAACCCCAUCCCAAAUUUGGAGUCUACUUUAAUAUUGAUGGAUGGGCACUUACCAAUCUCACGGCAGGCUUUGGACCAGUGAGUAACAUGGGGGAUGCCUUGGCGCAAAUUUCCUUGUUGAAUCUAUUUCGAUGGAUUGCCCUCUUUGUUCAAAAUGAUUUUUGGAGAAUCAUUCGAUCCUUUGAUGGCAAAGAGGAGUUGGACAAUGGUAUAAAUGAGGGUAAUAAUAAUGAGAAGAAUGGUAGUGAGGGCAAACAUACCAAGGGGGAUUGA